UUAAAAAAUUAAAUUGAAUAAUGACGUUAUUCUGAGCGGUCGUGCGACCAAUUUAUCGCUUCGGAUUUCGUUCGUCACAAAAUGAAAUAAGUGCCGGCCCGAAUCGCGAACAGUAUCAGUUACAAUCUAAUGUUUCAAUGAGAAACGUUGCUCUUAUUCUAGCCCUGAACAUUUAAACUUAUAAUUCUGUGGAAAGUGAAAUUAAUUUAUACCUAAAAUGGGUGCACACGUAUCGAGAAAUGAUUUUGAAUGGGUCCAUACAGAGGAGCCGCAUGCCAGUCGACGGAAAAUUAUUUUGGAAAAGUACCCAGAGAUCAAGAAACUCUACGGCUAUGAUCCGAAUUUUAAAUGGGUGGUCACUGGGAUGGUGUUCGCUCAGUUCGUGAUGCUGCCCCUGGUGCCGUAUAUGAGCUGGCCCAUGUUAAUUGUCGUCGCGUACUGCUUUGGAGGUGUUAUUAAUCAUUCCCUUAUGUUGGCAAUCCAUGAAAUUGCACACAGCCUAGCCUUCGGCCACAAUAGGCCACUGCACAACAAAUUGUUUGGCUUCUUCGCGAACCUUCCGAUUGGAAUACCCAUAUCUAUCAGUUUUAAGAAAUAUCAUUUGGAGCAUCAUAGGUAUCAAGGCGACGAGAAGAUCGAUGUUGACCUACCGACUUUGGUAGAAGCGAAGUUGUUUUGCACUACUGGUGGUAAACUGGUAUGGCUCUUCCUGCAACCGUUCUUCUACUCGCUAAGGCCGUUGGUGGUGAGACCCAAGCCCCCAACGCCAAUGGAAGUAAUCAACCUGAUCUUACAAAUCAUGUUUGAUAUGCUUGUGGUGAAGUUUUUCGGAGGCAAAGCGUUGGCAUAUCUUCUUAUUGGGUCUCUUCUAGCUAUGGGCAUACAUCCUGUUGCUGGCCAUUUUAUAUCAGAGCAUUAUAUGUUUAAAAAAGGAUUUGAGACCUAUUCCUACUAUGGUCCUCUUAACUGGAUCACGUUUAAUGUGGGAUACCACAAUGAGCAUCAUGACUUCCCAGCGGUACCGGGGAGUAGACUGCCUGAGGUAAAACGCAUAGCACCAGAGUUUUACGAUAAUCUACCACAUCAUGACAGCUGGUCGAGCGUCUUGUGGGACUUCGUGACUGAUCCCGAUAUCGGGCCCUACGCUAGGAUCAAACGAAAGAACCAGGGACUAGACAGUUAGGUUUGCAAAAUAUAAAUAAAUUGUCGGUCAAAAUAGGUCUGAUUGAAGGAUAUGUUUGUAUUUUAAAGAUAUUUCUUAUGUCACAAAAUUUAAUAUCAUCCAAGAAGAUGAUCUUUUUUUUAUAUUUUAAGCAGUGAUUUAUUUUGUGUACUGUGUAUUAAAGUACUCCACAUUAAAGUAUAUAGGUGAGAAAAUUAAUAAAAAAAUAACGCAAAAAAAUAUUCGUGAAUGUAGCUUUUCCAAUACUCAAUUUGGAUAUAUGUAUCUCAGAACCCUAUUUUGUGUAAAAAUUACACUCCAUAGUUAUUUUACAAGAGUGUUAUAGACCAUAGUUACAAAUUUAACAUAAAUGUAUUUUUUAUUAAUUUUUUACAAGUAUUUUAAUAUCAUACGGGUAUGUUUGUUAAACUCAUAUUAUAUAUUUUUAAAUGAUAUUACCUAAGAUAUUAAAAAUAUUUAAAUAAAACAAUUGUUAACCGUCAUUUAAAUGAAUUAGUUUUUACAUUUUUUUGAUACUGCAUUUAUAAAAUAUGAGCUUAAUUGUAAUCGAAUUUCACAUAAAAUAAUCUUAGAAAUAAGUUAUAUAAAAUUUAUUCAUAUUUAGUUAUAUGAAAUUGCAUAUUCACAUAUAUAGUUUUUGAGUUCUAAUCUUGAUCCUAUGAAGUGACCUUCUGCAUUCUGUAUAACUAUUGUUUAUUACAUGUCUAAUGCAACUAUAAUUAUGCAGUUUUAUCUGAUGCUCCGUACUAAGGGCGGGUUUCAUAGUUAAAUCUCUAGUUUCACUUCUGUAUAGUGGCCCUAAUUUGCUUGUCUAGAACAAGUAUAGAAUAAUGUACAAAGAUCUAUAUGUUUCAUAUUGUAUAUAUCUGUGAGUUGUUGUAAUAAAAUGUAUUAAUUAA